AUCUGGGUGAUGGUCAUUGUGUGGAUAACGUUCACAGGCUCACAGCUCGUGUCCUCUCUGUCCCUAGGGCGUUGGCUGCUCCAACUCAAUUCUCUCCCUCCUCUCUGGUCGCGCCAUGGCUGCGAGUCUGGGUUUCAAAUUUAGAUCCUUGCUGUUCGAAAUUCCAACUCUGCAGUUCAGGCCCGUCUUCCUCCUCUCAUCCUCGCUUCCGACAUCCUUAUCCAUCCGUUCCUUUUCCCAUUCCCUUAGGCUUCAUCGCCCUCCAUAUUCUUCCCUCUCUGAGAGCAGCUCGAUCUCAACACCUCCGCUUGAGGACUCGAUCUCAUCACCUCCGCUUGAGGAUGAGGACUUGGACCCAAUGGCAGAGGUGUGUUUCUUGGACCCGGAGGUAGACCCGGAGAGCAUCCAGGAGUGGGAGCUGGACUUGUGUUCCAGACCCAUACUGGAUGAGCGGGGAAAGAAGCUCUGGGAGCUGGUGGUGUGCGACGCCACGCUGUCUCUUCAGUUCACCCGCUACUUCCCCAACAACGUCAUUAACAGCAUCACCCUCCGCGACGCCAUCGCCUCCAUCUCCAAUUCGCUUGGUCUUCCUCUGCCUGACAAAAUCCGCUUUUUCAGGUCCCAGAUGCAGACUAUCAUCACCAGAUCCUGCAAUGAGCUCGGGAUCAAGCCGGUUCCAAGUAAAAGGUGCAUAUCCCUGAUGCUGUGGUUGGAAGAACGCUACGAGACUGUAUACACUCGUCAUCCCGGUUUUCAGAAAGGAUCAAAGCCACUCCUAGCUUUAGACAAUCCAUUUCCUACGGUACUUCCUGAAAACCUCUUUGGGGAUCAGUGGGCUUUUGUCCAGCUGCCUUUCUCCGCUGUUAAGGAUGAAUUGUCUAACUUGAGAAAAAGGAAUGCCUUUGGUGGGAGUCUGGAUCUCGAUCUUCUGGGCAUUGAGAUAGGAGAGCGGACAUUGGUUCCGGGAGUUGCUGUUGCAUCUGCACGUGCAAAGCCUCUUGCAGCUUGGAUGAAUGGCCUUGAAGUUUGUUCCAUGGAAGCAGAUGCCGGCCGUGCCUGCCUAAUACUGUCAGUCGGCGUUUCUACUCGAUAUGUCUACGCUACCUACAAGAGAAGUCCUGCAACCACCCAGGAAGCAGAAGCAUGGGAGGCAGCCAAGAAAGCAUGUGGAGGGUUGCACUUUCUUGCUAUCCAAGACGAUUUAGAUUCUGAUAGCUGUGUAGGGUUUUGGCUUCUCUUGGAUUUGCCUCCUCCUCCUGUGUAAAUCAACAUAUUGAUACCCCUCUUGUUUAAAUGAAGCUGAGGAUGAUCCUUGAAGCUGGGCUGGCCUCUACAACCCACGUGUUUAUUAAGCUUGUAUCUAUAUGCCGUUGGCCCUUGUGGCCUAAGGAAAAUGUCAGAGAGGAAGGAAGAGCUAUUCUCCUCGUGCAAGUUUACUGGUCUUUCAAAACAAAAAUUAACUAGUGUUUCACAUUAA